CGAGCAUUCGGCAGACAUUGAGUUGUUGUUCAUCGAGCUAUACUGAUCAAGUUUCACUAUGACUGGCCGUGGAAAGGGUGGAAAGGGUUUGGGAAAGGGAGGAGCAAAGCGUCAUAGAAAGGUUUUGCGUGAUAACAUCCAAGGUAUUACCAAACCAGCCAUUCGUCGUCUUGCUCGUCGUGGUGGUGUGAAGCGUAUUUCUGGAUUGAUCUACGAAGAAACACGAGGUGUACUGAAGGUAUUCUUGGAAAAUGUUAUCCGAGAUGCCGUCACUUACACUGAGCAUGCCAAAAGGAAGACUGUAACUGCCAUGGAUGUAGUUUACGCUUUGAAGCGUCAAGGAAGAACCCUUUACGGUUUUGGUGGUUAAUUGGUGCUCCAUCGCUGCAUUUACAGAACAAACGGCCCUUUUCAGGGCCAUCAAAUUUCUUAAAUGUAUGGAAUUCUCUCUAUUUCAAAUUGUUUAUUAUUAUAUCUUUAUUAUUAUAAUCUUUUGUGAAUCGAUGAAGUCGGUUUACUUGAAUGAAUUUUAUUAUUUCAA